CCGAGGCAACAGCAGCAGUGGCCACAGCACCGCGCCCCUGCCUCUCCCCACUGCCCGGACACCAUGCUUCUGGCCACAUUCAAGCUAUGUGCUGGGAGCUCCUACAGACACUUGCAUAACAUGAAGGGGCUGAGGCAGCAAGCUGUGCUGGCCAUUGGCCAGGAGCUGAACCGGAGGGCACUGGGGGGCCCGACCCCAGGUGCGUGGAUCAGCCAGGUUCGGCGCCGGAGCUCUCUGCUUGGUUCACGGCUGGAAGACACCCUCUACAGCGACCAGGAGCUGGCCUAUAUCCGGCAGGGCGAGGAGGCCAUGCAGAAGGCCCUGGGCAUCCUCAGCAACCAGGAAGGCUGGAAGAAGGAGAACCAGCAGACGAACGGGGACAAAGUGCUGAGUAAAGUGGUCCCAGAUGUGGGCAAGGUGUUCCGGCUGGAGGUGGUGGUGGACCAGCCCAUGGAGAGGCUCUAUGAAGAGCUCGUGGAACGCAUGGAGACAAUGGGAGAAUGGAACCCGAAUGUCAAGGAGAUCAAGGUCCUGCAGAAGAUUGGAAAGGACACAGUCAUCACUCACGAGUUGGCUGCAGAAGCAGCAGGAAACCUGGUGGGGCCCCGUGAUUUCGUGAGCGUGCGUUGUGCCAAGCGCCGCGGGUCCACCUGUGUGUUGGCUGGCAUGGCCACACAUUUUGGGGAGAUGCCCGAGCAGAAAGGUGUCAUCAGGGGUGAGCAUGGUCCCACGUGCAUGGUGCUCCAUCCCCUGGCUGAAAGUCCCUCCAAGACCAAACUCACCUGGCUGCUCAGCAUUGACCUCAAGGGAUGGCUGCCAAAGACCAUCAUCAACCAGGUCUUAUCACAGACCCAGGUGGAUUUUGCCAACCACCUGCGCAAGCACCUGGAGUCCAGCCCUGCUCCUGAAGCCAGGUGUUAAGGACCAGCCUGCUUCUUCCAACUGUCCCUAGCUGCACUGGCUUGCACGCUCAUCGGGAAGAUCUCUGCUAGAAGCCUACAAGUCUGUCUAAGAUCUUCAUCUGGGACUGUGGGAUGGGGUGGGAGUGUAUUUACAGUAGGAUACUGGGACUCAGAUUGGUCAAAUUUUACAACCAAGAAAAUGGGGACAAGGCGUUUAAGAGAAAGAGCUUUCUAACUUCAUUCGGGGAUUAGCUGCGAAACGAAGGUUAAGGGACCCCAAAUAUUUGUAAGACUUCUUUCUAAGCCCUUAUACUUCUAUUUAAAAACAUCUUUAAAAUAGUACUGAUACAGGGUGCGAGGGUGCUAAACACAAGGACUGGGGCCUUAUGUUUUAUGGGCUCAUGAGCGCCAUUCCUCAGAGGCCAUGUGUGUGGAUGCAGCAGGGUGUGACAAAAGGGACUCCAGCAACCCUCUGCUCCUCUACCAAAUAAGUAGCAAGCAGCACCAAAGAUCAGCAACUCCCCACAGCAGGUGCCUUUAAGAAAUGUAGUCUAAGUUUUCUUGAUUGAAAAAAUGCAGAAAACUAAUUAAUCCCAUUCUCCUAUUUCUUCCAUGAGCACCAGUCAGAAUAAAGACUCCUAACCG